GGCUAUAUUUUUGGGUCCUGAGUCAACGUGGGACAGUGCGUUUGUGUCAUGCCGAAUUUGUCGUCAGGUGUCUUGUGUUUUUAAUGUCUGUAGUUCUAUUUGGACAUAUUUUUGCAUGACUAGUUUGGGAUAUUGGACAGUAACUGACUACUUCUCAUGAUGCCGGGGGAGAAUCAUUCCAAACUCGCGUCAGGAGCAACUACCGGAGCUUGUCACAACUGCACAGUGCUUCACCAGAACCUAAACGAAUAUGUUGCAGCUCUGCUGGUUUUGAAACAGAGAAGUAUUGACUCCGAUCACCUGCUGAGGGAAUAUCAAGGAAAGUGUGAAGAGCUCCAGAGAUCCCAGAGGGAGACCAAUAAGCUGCGUAUACAACUUGAUGAUCUGCAGUUGAAAGUAGCUUCUCUGGAAAAGCAACAUGCAGGGUACGAAGCCAUGCGGGCAGAGCUGGAGGCUAAGCAGAGCGCUGAGAAGUUGUCCCAGCAGCUUCUUGAGGAAGUGGAGAGGCUGAAGGAGCAGAACAACAACACAGAGACUCUAAAUAAGAGACUUGAGGGUUCUUGUUCCACUGACAUCUCUGUUCUCUCUCUGUUCUCCAGAAAGAAGAGACUUGAGGGUUCUUGUUCCACUGACAUCUCUGUUCUCUCUCUGUUCUCCAGAAAUAAGAGACUUGAGGGUUCUUGUUCCACUGACAUCUCUGUUCUCUCUCUGUUCUCCAGAAAGAAGAGACUUGAGGACCAGCUGAAGAUGGUAGCAGAGACAACAGAGAAGCAGUGUGUGGAUAAUGUCCAGCUGAGACGGGAGAAGACGGCGCUGGAGAAAGACCUGCUGAAAACACAGGCGUCGUUGAAGACAUGUCAGAAGGUAGCAGAGGAAGUGCAGCAGUUGAAAGAGGACAACGCCAGGACAUCCGUUCUGAAACACAACCUGGAAAAACAACUUGGACUGUUUCAAGAUUCUAAACUCAAGCAAGAGCGUGACGUAACCGGGCUGAAAACAGAGAAGAUUCUACUGGAGAACAAGCUUCUACAUCUUCAGGAACGACUAGAGAAACUGGAGACGGAGAAGAAUAAAGUAUUAAAGAGCACAUCAACUCAAGCAACGGCACCUGAAGAAACAACGGUGGAUAAAGAGAAGAUCCAGAGGCUGCUGGAGGAUCUGUGGGUGUGUGUAGCUCCUCCCUCAUCACACCUCCCUGCCAGGAGGAAACAGCAGUUCAAGGAGCACCUACAGGACAGCAGCACAGUUGAACCCCACAGACCUGACGGUGACCCGCCAGGCCACGGACCCAGCAGGAACGGUGACCCGCCAGGCCACGGACCCAGCAGAAACGGUGACCCGCCAGGCCACGGACCCAGCAGGAACAGUGACCCGCCAGGCCACGGACCCAGCAGGAACAGUGACCCGCCAGGCCACGGACCCAGCAGGAACGGUGACCCGCCAGGCCACGGACCCAGCAGAAACAGUGACCCGCUAGGCCACGGACCCAGCAGGAACAGUGACCCCCCAGGCCACGGACCCAGCAGGAACAGUGACCCGCCAGGCCACGGACCCGGCAGGAACAGUGACCCGGCAGGCCACGGACCCGGCAGGAACAGUGACCCGGCAGGCCACGGACCCGGCAGGAACAGUGACCCGGCAGGCCACGGACCCGGCAGGAACAGUGACCCGGCAGGCCACGGACCCGGCAGGAACAGUGACCCGGCAGGCCACGGACCCAGCAGGAACAGUGACCCGGCAGGCCACGGACCCAGCAGGAACAGUGACCCGCUAGGCCACGGACCCAGCAGGAACAGUGACCCGCCAGGCCACGGACCCAGCAGAAACAGUGACCCGGCAGGCCAGGGACCCAGCAGAAACAGUGACCCGGCAGGCCACGGACCCAGCAGGAACAGUGACCCGGCAGGCCACGGACCCAGCAGGAACAAUAACCCGGCAGGCCAGGGACCCAGCAGGAACAGUGACCCGCCAGGCCACGGACCCAGCAGAAACAGUGACCCGCCAGGCCAUAAACAUAGUAGAUCAGUCGAGGAGAUCCUGGACUGGUUCAAGCCGCUGCCCCCUGUCCUCUCCCCCUUACCCUGCUCCUCAGCUCAGGAGAGUUUGGAUGAGGUCUUGGAGUCAGGAGCUGGAGAGACCAGAUCUCCUCUAGAGAACAGAAACCACCCUGUCUACGCUACAGGACCAGCCAAUCAGACAGCAGGACAGCAACCUGGACCAGCCAAUCAGAUGGCCCUUGUGUUGGCAGGACAACAACCUGCAGACUCCUCAGUGGAACUACCAUCAGACAGAAUUCAUUCUACUCCGAGAGAAAGCCCUGAUCUGGCCACAGGGACCUCGGGAGAGAAAGAGAGGAACCGUGUGGCUGUCUGUGAACAGGAAGACAUGCAGGUCGAAGCAGCUGCUGAAACCAUCCGGUCCCCAUCAGGAGAGGCUCAAACCUCCUCUAGUGAUCUACCUUCCUUUACCAAAGCCACGGAGGGUCUCCCAAACUCAGUCGAGCCUCCAGGCAACCUCUCUGUCCAUCCUGGGAGCGUUCAGACCUCACUCCCCCAGACACAAGGAGGACGAGUGCAGGACUCCUCACCGGACGUGACAGAGAUGGAGGUUGAGACGAACCCGUGUUAUAAGGGCUGUGUCUCGCAGGGUCAGAGUAUCAACCGUGGGGACUCAGAGAAAAUAGAGAGCGUUAGAGAUCGGUCAGGAGACGCCAGCGUGUCUCAAACUCCCACCACUAAACAGCUGGAUCCCAGUCCUCUGGUUGAGUGUUCUGCUGAGACAGUGACGGGUCCAGAUCAACUGACUGAAUGGGCUCCUAACACUCAAUGUAACACAAGUGAUCAGAAACGAGCUCCUCAAGCAUGUCCCCAUAAACAAGACAAGUUGUUUACAGGCCAGGAAUCAGAUAAAGACGAUGAAGGGGGUUUCUCUUGGAAACAGGUUGGGGAUGUACUGGUCUCUUCAAUUCAUCCUACGGAAGGACUGGUCUCCCCCAGUCAUCCUACAGAAGGACUGGUCUCCCCCAGUCAUCCUACAGAAGGACUGGUCUCCCCUAGUCAUCCUACAGAAGGACUGGCCUCCCCCAGUCAUCCUACAGAAGGAAAGGCUUCCCCCAGUCAUCCUACAGAAGGACUGGCCUCCCCCAGUCAUCCUACAGAAGGACUGGCCUCCCCCAGUCAGCCUACAGAAGGACUGGCCUCCCCCAGUCAUCCUACGGAAAGACUGACCUCCCCCAGUCAUCCUACGGAAGGACUGACCUCCCCCAGUCAUCCUACGGAAGGACUGGCCUCCCCCAGUCAUCCUACAGAAAGACUGGCCUCCCCCAGUCAUCCUACAGAAGGACUGGUCUCCCCCAGUCAUCCUACAGAAGGACUGGUCUCCCCCAGUCAUCCUACAGAAGGACUGGCCUCCCCCAGUCAUCCUACAGAAGGACUGGCCUCCCCCAGUCAUCCUACAGAAGGACUGGCCUCCCCCAGUCAUCCUACAGAAGGACUGGCCUCCCCCAGUCAUCCUACAGAAGGACUGGCCUCCCCCAGUCAUCCUACAGAAGGACUGGCCUCCCCCAGUCAUCCUACAGAAGGACUGGCCUCCCCCAGUCAUCCUACAGAAGGACUGGUCUCACCCAGUCAUCCUACAGAAGGACUGGUCUCACCCAGUCAUCCUACGGUGCAUUCCUCUGGGGCAGAGGAAUCAUCAUUUGAACAGAAGUCUCUGGCACCUCUGCUAAAAUCUGGUGUCCACAUCUCUCCUGCCAGUUUAAUGAUCUCUGUAAAGAACUCUGAACUCCAUGACGACAUCCAGGCAACGAAACACAACGCUCAGAGUAGCAGAAACCAUACAGUAUGCAAGAGGUUACAUAGUACCAUGUGUCUUUCCCCUGUGGUGAACGUGAAGCUCCUGAGAUCUGGUACACAACCGAAGAGGAUGAAUGGAAAGAAAGAUGCUGAAGACCCAGGGUCUGACGUGAGGAGUCCACCGUCUCCUACAGACUUACAGAGUGACGAGCCUUUGAACAACGGGAUGCUGAAAGAUUGUGAUCGCCCAGUCCAUGUUCUACAACACCAGGAUAUGAAAGCUGAGCGUAAGCAUCCUACAACCACCGACUGCAUCUCUGAGUCAAGCUCUGAGUCCCAGCUGACAGAUGAAGGGUCUGAGAAACUAGGUGGAAACGCCCAGACUGAGAUGAUCAGUACUAGAAGUAGGCGUGUCAGGAAGAGUCUUGUUAGAUCAAACACAGUCCAAACCAGCUCAGUGAAAGAUGGCGUGGCUCCCAGGGACGGCCAGCAAACGGCCACCGUUUCAUGUAAAGUUAUUAUUGAAAGACUCAGCCCUGACAUGAGGGAAGAGAUCAGGCCAGUAGCCUUGCCUGUGGGCCACUCCCCAGAACCCACAGGGAAAGUUCCUAUUGCGAAGGUUCGCUUUGAAAUGGGUCCUCCACUACCUCCUCUUCUGAUGCCUCUCACUGUAACUCCUCCGAGACCGGUAAAACCUGGCAAUCCAAGACAGGGGAUUGGUAAACUGUCCUUUCCCUCACCAAUGGAAGGACCUCUUUCCCCUGUGGGGUCUCAAACAGCACCUGAUGGUCAGAUGUUGAGCUCCCCGUCUCGAACCACCCCUUCCUCACCACUACAGUUUGGUUCAGCCACUCCUAAACACGCUGUACCUGUUCCAGGGAGACUUCCUGCCUUCAGCCCCUCCUCUUCCUCCACUAGUCCCGCCCAGGAGAACUCCAUGAGGAUUCUAGACAGCAGGUAUCCAGAACUGUCUGCCCGUGCCAGGACUCUCAGUAUCCUCCGAGGAAACCUCUGUAUGUCUGCCGCUGAGACGAGGACAACACCCUGCAGCUCUGUCAGUCAGAUAUCUGGCUUCAAAACCAUCAACUCCUCGUCCACGGCUUUCACCAAAACAGAGCAAAGAGGGAAGCGAAGUGGAGUCAACAUGCUUCUACCAAAGAGUGCCAAAAGACUAAGGCUGGAUAACUGCUCCCCGGGCCCUGCUGGAGUGACGGCCGGCCCUGCUACUAAGGAGAUAUCUUCCAUGACAUCAGCCAGUCCGGACCGACUACUCAGGACACCUCAACAUGGGAGUUCUUCACAGCCUACAGAGAAGGAGAAACUGGUUGGGAAACCAGCAGGCGAAGCCUCCGUAUCCCAGGCCUUAGAGAAGAUAGCAGCCCAGUGUUUUGACCUGUUGCCUGUCAUCAAGAGUCACCUGUUUGUUGGGAAUCUGUCUAGGAAGCCUGUAUUACGGGAUGAGGAGAAGGCGGUCCUCUCUGAGUUCUCAAACAAUCAGCCUCUGGCAGAUGAUCUGAUGUCGGUGAUGCUGACGAAGCUGAAGACUGAGAGGACUGAGCUGCCUGGGCCUCACCUCCAGGCUCUGGUUAGAGUCUACACUGCUCUGUGCCGACAGAGGAGGGACUGGGACAGAGCACAUAUCCUGGCCUACAGCAUCCUUAGAGAAGAUUUGCCCGAGUCAGCCAAGCUGGUUCUGUUCAUGGUGACCACGUGGCCCAAUGUGUUCUCCUGCAGGACUGUAGUGUGCCAGGCCAUCCACACGGUCACCAAGGUCAAAGCUCAAGGAGAGGUGCUCCACUGCCUAACUGCUUACCUGGGAUGGGAGAAGAGUCCUCCUAGUGACGUUGAUCAGUUGGUGUCCCGUACGUUGACGUCCGUCAGAGAUGCAGCUGAGAUGACCUUCCAGAAACACCCGCGACAGGGAGAGGACCUGAACCCUGUUGCCUGGCAACACAUCUUCGCCCUGGAGCUGCUCUGCUCUCAAACACACUGGCAGUGGACCCAUGACAACCUACUGAGUAAAGAGCUGUGGCCGGUAAUGAACUCCUGGGUGACCCAGCCCAGAUCCAGACAAACUCCCAUCCAGGAUGUCACUGUGGCUGCAGUCCUCAGACUCAUAGGGCGCCUUGGGCAGCUGGGGAUAAAGGAGCGAUGUGGCUCGUCUGUGAAGAACAUCGCCAGAGUCAUCAACACGUUCGCCAGGCAUGGACGGUCAGAAGGUGUUCCCUGGGAGGUCCAGCUGGCAGCUGUCUACACCGUCUAUGACCUGUCGCCUAGCAACCCCAAGGAGGCUCUGGCUGCGCUGGCGUCAUGGCGAGGAGAGACCACCCAGCCCGUCCCCCCCGCUGUCACCAGCUGCAUCACACAGAUCGCCUCGCUCUGCCGACACAUCAAACCCUAGUCCCUUAAACCUAGCUCCUAAUCCCUAGUCCUUAACAGCUACACACUCCUAACCUCUAGCUCCUAAUCCCUAGUCCUUAACCCCUCCACACUCCUAAUCCCUAGCUCCUAAUUCCUAGCUCCUAAUCCCUAGCUCUUAACCCCUAGUCCUUAACCCCUAGCUCCUGAUCCCUAGCUCCUAAUCCCUAGCUCUUAACCCCUCCACACCCCUAACCCCUAGUCCUUAACCCCUAGUUCUUAACCCCUAGCUCCUAAUCCCUAGCUCCUAAUCCCUAGUCCUUAACCCCUCACACACCUAAUCCCUAGCUCCUAACCCCUAUUUCCUAACCCCUAGCCCUUAACACCUCCACACCCCUAACCCCUAGCUCCUAACCCCUAUUCCUAACCCCUAGCUCCUAACCCCUAGUCCUUAACACCUCCACACCCCUAUUUCCUAACCCCUAUUUCCUAACCCCUAGCUCCUAACCCCUAGUCCUUAACACCUCCACACCCCUAACCCCUAGCUCCUAACCCCUAGGUACAUUGCCACUUGUACAGAUCUGAAAGGAUUUCCUAGGUCCAAGAAUUUUGCCUAUCAGAGGGCAAGGUGAAGCAGCAUCCAUUUUGCUGUUACCUAUCCAUACCUUUUAGAUCUGACACCUUGAACCCUGCUGUGGACUGAACUUCUGGGACUCGUUUAGCCCCUAGCUCCUAGCCCCUAACCCCUAACCCCUAGGUCCUUUUAGAUCUGACACCUUGAACCCUGCUAUGGACUGAACGUCUGGGACUCGUUUAGCCCCUAGCUCCUAGCCCCUAACCCCUAGGUCCUUUUAGAUCUGACACCUUGAACCCUGCUGUGGACUGAACUUCUCGUUUAGCCCCUAGCUCCUAGCCCCUAACCCCUAGGUCCUUUUAGAUCUGACACCUUGAACCCUGCUCUGGACUGAACGUCUGGGACUCGUUUAGCCCCUAGCUCCUAGCCCCUAACCCCUAGGUCCUUUUAGAUCUGACACCUUGAACCCUGCUGUGGACUGAACUUCUCGUUUAGCCCCUAGCUCCUAGCCCCUAACCCCUAGGUCCUUUUAGAUCUGACACCUUGAACCCUGCUGUGGACUGAACUUGUGGGACUCGUUUUAAUGUCCGUGUUAUUGAUCUGUUGGUUAACUCAUUACGUUCCCCUUGAUGCUCUGUUUUCUGUUCUAUAUGUGAAGCAUGACUUUGUAAAUAUAAUGUUCAGAUUCUGUUUUGUGACGCUCGUUGUGUACAAUAUAAAUGUCCCUGCUUCUGUAAAUGUUUUGUAAAUGUUCACUGUUACAGAGCCUAUUUCUAUUUAAUUUGACAAAUUAAAAUCUAACUGGUAA